CAAAUGACGUCACUGUCAAUAACAUCGUGCUGCCUGCCGACGUGGCGGAGAGGCAGGAGGGAGAAAGUAGACAAACCCGGCUGUCUACAGAACUGGUGAGGUACUUUAUAGAUACUGUUAUAUCAAAACUAUUAAAGAAUGAAUCAAAAUGUCACAGGGUGACACAAUGGAAAGCGUUUCUACUGAAUUUCAGUUGUCAGGCCCCAUUGGUAGUGACACAUCAUUUGUGAAAGAAACAGAGCUACAUUAUGAGGCCUCUGAGGCAACAAAUGAACCCUUAGAAACGGGAGACAAGCAUGUGCCAUCCAGUGAGGGUGGUGGGCGCCAGGCUGAGGAAUGCUCUGUCCAGCCAGAGGGACCCGUUGAAAGCACAGCCCCCGCAGAGAAGGGCAUGUCGGGGAGUCAGAUGACUGAGUGCACCGAGUCAGUGAGUCUGGAAGCAGAUCCAGCAGCUGAAACAGCACUGGACACACAGGGUGCUCAGGAGUCAGCUGCAUCCACAGAGGGAAGAAGAUGGGGUGGCUGGGGAUCAUGGGGAAAGUCCCUUUUGACAACGGCAACAUCCACUGUUGGUCAAGGAAUAACAGCAGUUAAAGAAAAGGCAGCCACACUUACAAUCCACAGCAGCUCUUCAGCUUCUGAGGAGAGCAAGCACUCUGGAAGUAAUGAAGGGGCAACACCAGAUGUUCCAGAAGACCUGGUUCUAACUGAAUCUCCUCCCUCAAAACCUUCAACUGGGUCACGUGGAAUGUUGUCAACCAUUACAAAUGCAGUUCAAAAUACAGGUAAGUCUGUGAUUACUGGUGGUCUGGAUGCACUGGAAUUUAUUGGUAAAAAGACAAUGAACGUCCUUGCAGAGAGUGACCCUGGCUUCAAGAAGACCAAAAUACUGAUGCGGAGAACUGUAACUUUGUCACAGAUGUUAAGGGAAGCUAAAGAUAAGGAGAAGGAGAGGAUUGGCAAUCAAGUUGUAAUGGAGAGGACAGCACACUAUGGAAUACUCUUUGAUGAUUACCAGGGACUAUCUCAUCUGGAGGCUCUGGAGAUUCUCUCCAAUGAAAGUGAAUCCAAGGUUCAGUCAGCCUUAAUGUCAUUAGAAGGAGAAGAAUUGGAAACUUUGAAAAGGGAUCUGAUUGCAAUUAAAGAAAUCUUCCUGGAGAAGGAUUUUGGAAAAGAAGAUGAAGAUGAAGAUGAAAAAGUUUCUGAGGGAGAAGAGUUUGUGAGCAUACUAACAGAGCUACUUUUUGAACUGCAUGUUGCUGCCACCCCUGACAAGCUCAGCAAGGCAAGGAAAAGGGCCCAUGACUGGGUAAACAAAGUGGAUCUUUUAGCAGUGGAAAGUGAGGAAAAACCUAAAGAGGAAAAUGAAGAACUAGGCAGCGAAAAACAUGAGGAACCAUGUGAAGAAGAGGAAGAUCAUUCAAAAUCUGUUGAGGAUAUCUACAUGUCAUCAGUUGAAAGCCUAGCAGAGGUGACAGCUCGUAGUAUUGAACAGCUUCACAAAGUGGCAGAGCUGAUUCUUCAUGGACAGGAUGAAGAGAAGCUAGCUCUGGACCAGACCAGAAUCCUAACCAGGCUAACGGGUGCUAUGUGCAAGGAGGUAUCUUCGCUUUCUAAGAAGUUUUCUGAAACUUUGACUACAGCAGGGAGCAAACUAAAGGCAGAGGUCCUAAACCCCUGGAUUAACAGUGUGCUGUUAGAGGGAUCAAACAGCACCACCUACAUUCAGGAUGCUUUCCAGUUGCUUCUUCCAGUAUUACAGAUCUCACAUUUACAGACUACCAGCUCUAAAACACUCGGUGAAUGCUAGGAUUCCUGUUGGGGGAAAAAAACUACAUUAUGAAAGGAAAUCAUAUACAUGUAUAAUAUAACUCCUUUUUUACACUAAAAUAGUAGUGAUCUAUAUUUUCACUAUGAACGCAACCCUUUAACUGAUUGCUCUAUUGUUUAAUAUGCCUGUUAUAGUGACACAUUAGUGUACAAUGCUUACAUUGAUUCAGUGUUUACAGCAAUGAGAACAUGCUGAGGUUGACAUUUUGUUGCUAAUCAAUAAACUAGUUGGAUAUGAUGCCAGGGCUUUAGGCAAAACAUUAGCACUACAGCAAACAAACAAAAAACAUUUGCAACCCUUUACAAAAUGGUGAGGUUAUGCAUAUUUAUAUUAUAUGAUGUAAUGUAAUAGAUUUUAUAAUGUUGCAUGGUGCAGUACGUUUUUUAUGACCGUCAGAGUAUCAUUAAUAUAUGUAGAAACUGACUGAAAUCGUUGUAAAAACAUAUGUUAUUGUGAAUCACAGCUGCAUUUUUACAUUUAAAUGUUGAGUUUAUUGCUCUUGCACUUUGUACAAUUAAUAGAAUAAAUACACUUUUAAGCCUUGGGUUUAAAACAAUUGAUCUUAACAGCGGUGCACCUUGUUUUAAAACAUCUCAAUGAAUUACCUAAUUACCAAGCAUUUGCUGUAUUUAUAGGCUAUGCGCCACAAUUGUGUCAAUUCAGCUACCCCCCCCCCCCCCCCUCCCCUCCCAUUUGGCACCCAGUGGCAUAUUGUGAUAUCCAUAAUUAGAUGUUUUGUUUUUUUAACAUGAAAUUAAUUAAUUUACCUAAUUGAUUUGUCAAAUACAUUGUGUGAUACAGAACUAAAUCCAAUUACAUUUAAAGAUUUUAAAUUAUAUGAAAGUAUAAUGUUUUUCAACACAAGUAGAGCAAGAUUAAUUUGUAAUCCGUGAACACACUGAUCAAUUAAUUGAAUCCAAUUAUAUCCUGCUCCAAGUUCACUAUUCAUUUAAUGAACAAUUUCCCAAAAUGAUUAGCUUUAGAUAAAAAGUUAAUUGAAAUGGUCCCUAAGACGAUAACAUUGAUAAAUAAUAGUGCCCAUCAUGUUUAGUCACUUAGAAUUAAAAUUGUGUGUAUUACUUAAAAGAAACUACCAUUAUGUUGGCAUAAGCCUAAUAGUCAUAUUGUUAAGCAGCAAUUUAAAUGAAAAAAAUGAACACAUACUGUACAACCACUUCUUACCAAAAGCAUUCAAAUACAAAAAUAAAUAGUGCUGUAUUUAA